UUUUAUAAAUUAUAAUCCCCCACAUGAACUUUCUCCAAUUUUAUAUUCACUAAUUCUUGGCUUUGAAAAUUGCAACCAACUCAUCUCUCUGUUUGUGCGUGAUAGAGAGAGAAAGCUAGAGAGAGAAAGAGGGAGUCCUUAAGAAUUAAGAUCUCUCACCGGAAGCCAGAGCAGAGCAAGGCAAAGAGCCUCCCUCUACUUCAGAAGCAGCUCUCCAAAUUUACCAUUUAUACCCAAAACCCAAGAAGCUAUACCACUUUAAAUCUGCUCCAGAGUGAAAUUUCUCAAAUGCCUCCCAACCCGCCCAAAUCCUCAGUCUUGAUCCACCGUGUUCACACCGCCACCUCGGCGACAUCGAACACGGCGUCGUCGCAGUACCAAAACCAAAGAGGAGGAGGAUCUGCUGCACUGCUACUCAACAACAAUAGUAAUAAUAACGGUAAGAAGCGGGCCACAGUACCGGAAGCCGUGGCGCGGCACCACACGCACGCGGUGGGGCCCAACCAGUGCUGCUCCGCCGUGACUCAGGAGAUCGCUGCGCCCGUGUCCACCGUGUGGUCGGUGGUGCGGCGCUUCGACAACCCGCAGGCGUACAAACACUUCGUCAAGAGCUGCCACGUCAUCGAGGGCGGCGGCGACGUGGGAACGCUGCGGGAGGUGCAGGUGAUAUCGGGGCUGCCGGCGAACAGCAGCACGGAGAGGCUGGAGAUCCUUGACGACGAAAGCCAUGUCAUCAGCUUCAGCAUGGUGGGCGGGGACCACCGGCUGUCGAACUACAGGUCGGUGACGACACUGCACCCAUCGUCGCGCGCGGGCGGCGGGACGGUGGUUGUGGAGUCGUACGUUGUCGACGUGCCGCACGGGAACACAAAUGAUGACACGUGUAUGUUCGUGGACACUAUUGUUCGAUGCAACCUGCAGUCCCUCGCUCAGAUCGCCGAGGAUUUAGCUAGAUGCAAUGCUGCUGACGACUAUUCAGGCAGUGGGCAGCUAGCUGCAUGGCUAGGUUCUCAAGAACAAGACCACUCGACCGACGUAUGCAUCUCACAGCACUGGCAUAAUUAGUUAGGAGUAAUAGUAAUGUAGUUUGUGUAUAUUCUUUGUGUAUUAUAUUUUGUAAUUUAGUUAAGAGGUAUUCAUCAAUUCCCUCUUUGAACUUAUGACCAUUAGCCAAUUUCUCCUCUCAA